CAGAGCGUAGAACCGUAUGUGGGAGACAAAUUCGCUAAAAUCCUCAAAAUAAUCACGAAAAAAGCAAUUUCUGGCUUAAAUUGCUUGACUUAAACGACUGAAUUGCCAAAAGUAUUCAAUCACAAAGUGAUCAUUUACAAAAAUUUCCUUAAAAAAUGCCUGCUUAUCACUCCCAGAUCAAAGAUUUUCCAUCUGCCAUCGGAAAUUUGGCUCUUUUGCCACUGAGGACACAAUAUCGCGGUCCCGCACCUGCAGCAAAUGCCGAACAGGACAUUAUCGACGAGGCCCUUUACUACUUCAAAGCAAAUGUUUUCUUCCGCACGUACGAAGUGAAGUCGGAAGUGGAUCGCGUGCUUAUUUACGUGACUUUGUACAUCAGCGAGUGCUUAAAAAAGCUCCAACGAUGCUCAAACAAGGCUCAAGCUCAGCAAGAAAUGUACACAUUGGCAAUUUCCAAGUUUGAUAUCCCCGGCGACAAGACAUUCCCGCUGAAUACGGUUUAUGCGAAGCCUCGCGACGCCACAGAGGCGGAUUUGAUGCGACAAUACAUCUUGCAGUUGCGUCAGGAGACGGGAUUGAGAGUUGCGGAGAAGGCAUUCGGCGCCGACGGCAAACCGAAUAAAUGGUGGUUGUGUUUUGCGAAGAAAAAGUUCAUGGAUAAGUCGUUAUCAGGUCCGGGACAGUAAAAAAAUCGAAGAAAAAAUGAAUUUUUGAUCGUCUAAUAUAAAAUUAUUUCCUGCGUUUCUGUUCCAAAUUAAUUAACAAAAAAAUUUACAUACAAUAAAGCUUGAAUUCUUGAUUUUUCUAGUAA